AUUCGUGUUUGUGUCUGGUAGUGGAAAUCUUCGUGAAGAAACCGCAAUAAUGAAGUCACUCAAGUGCCGUAUGUUACGGUAGCUACCCUGCGCAAUACGUAUCCCCCGACAAACCCCUCCCCAAUUGUUCGUGUAACUUCCAACAAUAAUCCCGACGUUGCACGAGGCAGUGCUAGUACUGCUAGUGUUUCUCCUCCCUCGCUCACGAGUAAGCCUGUGAGUGGGCAAAUGGCCGCCGUAUUCUCGUGUUUGCAUCGAAUAUUUUUCACGGAGCGGUCUCCGAGGUUAAGCCAAUGAUGCUACAAUUCCAAAUUACCCCCGAGUGAUUUCUCAAGAUCUCAAUCCACACCACCAUCCCCAAAUGAUUGUGAAGUGGGUGAAAACAUUGGUGAAGUGAAGUGAUCAGGACAGGUGUGCGCCUUUCCCUUCAAUUAAUUCGGGGGAGAAGAAAAAAGUGUGCAGUCAAGGCCUCGAGUGAUUGCACCCGGGCGAUGAGCAGUGAUAAAAUCGGCCCGGUUAUGAAAUCAGUGUCUGAGGGUGAACUCGGUGAAAUCGGUGCCACAAGAGAGCCAACAAUUCUGGGCGUGGAUGAGGUUAAAGAUCCCGGCAAUCCCAAUUCACGAUUAAAAAGAACCUUUACAUUGCCAAAAAAUCCAUUUCAAAGUGCAACGAGAAUGUCGAGAAGACGUGGUAAACAGCGUGAUAUCAAGGAGAACAAUAACAACAGUCGUGAUAGCAUUAGAAUGAGUGACAAUGGUUUAUCAAAUAGCAAUAAUUAUCAGGAUAAACCUGGUAAGAGGGUAUUCAGACGUCCCUCUUGGAAAAAAUUUCUCAACAAAAUGGUACAGCAUAUGUCCAGUGUACAGGCUCACAAAGUAGCUAGACGCGAUGACAUUGCAUCUAGUGCCAAUGACAUGAGAGUACCACCCCCGAGACCGGCCCACAUACCACCGGAUCGUGUGCCUGGGGUGAUUGGUCUCAGAAAUCAUGGUAACACCUGCUUCAUGAACGCUGUUUUACAGUGCCUGUCACACACUGACAUACUUGCUGAGUACUUUGUUUUGGAUCAGUACAAGGUUGAUCUGUCUAGGAGAAAUAAAUUGAAUUCCAAGAAGUAUGGAACUAAGGGAGAGAUAACUGAACAGCUUGCUCUACUGCUUAAGGCUAUUUGGAGCUGUCAGUAUGAUCCUGAGAUGAGUACUGCUUUUAAGAGUGUUGUGGAUAAGUAUGGCAGCCAGUACAGGGGUAAUCUGCAGCAUGAUGCUCAGGAAUUUCUGCUUUGGUUGUUGGACAAGGUCCAUGAGGAUCUCAAUCAAGCGACGAAGAAGAAGUAUAAGAUUAUUAAGAACUCAUUUGGACGACCAGACGAUAUUGUGGCAGCUGAAACACUAGCCAAUCACGUGCGCUGCAAUCACUCCUUCGUCCACGAGGUAUUCCAGGCCCAAUUUAGAUCAAGUCUGACUUGUCCCAGGUGUCAUCGACAAUCAAACACAUUUGAUCCGUUCUUGUGUGUCUCGGUACCAGUGCCACAACAGCAGAGGCAAAUGAAUCUUUUUGUUAAUGUUUUGUACACCUCCCAGCAACCUCGACAAGUAAGAAUUGGGGUCAGUGUGAAUCAGGCGGCGAAUAUUAAGGAACUUCGGGAGAUACUUGCCAGCGAUACUGGUAUUGAGGAGAGUCACAUGCUGUUGACAGAAGUACAUGAUGAAGGUUUUCACAGAACCUUUUCGGAUUGUCAACCCCUCUCAGUAAUAACUGAGAACGACCCCCUAUACUGUGUAGAACUUCCCCAACUCAAAGAACCCACAGAGCAGGCCUACAUUCUCUUAGUGUGGGUGAAUGUCCUGGUGAAAGGUGACUUACGAGAGCGGUUUGGAAGUCCCUAUACGAUGCAGGUAUCCCGAGAAACAUCCUACGAAGACCUCCAGAAACUUCUCCUGAAGGAAAUGCACACAACCCUUUCCGAAGAUGUUUUGACUUCGAGUCAAGCACCUGGUCUGUUCAACAUCAGAGUCGCAGACCCCGCGGCGACACCGAUUCAGGACGAACAUCCCUGCAUCGAUCCUUGCGUCGAGCAUCCUCUCUAUACCGAGCAGAUAGAGCAGGCAUUGGCGCUCUGUGCUGACGACUCUGGUCCCCAGCACGUUAAACUUAUCCUCGAAUGGGACGAGGCAACCAAAUCUAACAUAAUUCAAGACGACUCUGAUCAGAUCGAAGAACACGCGAGUGUCAAACAACUCAAGACUAACGCUGAGUUAGGGGGAACAGUUACCCUGGAGGAAUGUUUUGAUUUGUAUACAAGAGAGGAGAUCCUUGGAGCUGAGGAUGCUUGGCACUGUCCGUACUGCAACAGAAAGCAAGAGGUGGUAAAGAAGUUGGGACUGUGGUCGCUGCCCGACAUCCUGGUGAUUCAUCUGAAAAGGUUUCGUCAGCAGACCGCAAAACAAAGAUCAACAUCGAAACUGACAAUGCUCGUGGACUUUCCUCUUUACGGUUUCGAUAUGACACCUCAUCUGGCGCAUGGUGGGGUCCAACCAAAUCACACAAAUGUUACAACACUUGGAGCAUUAGGCUGGUCUCCCUGGAAAAAACCACGAACGCGUCAUCACAAUAUUCCAAAGUACGAUGAGAAUGUCUACGACCUUUACGCUAUUUGCAAUCACCAUGGACAGGACUUACAGGGUGGUCAUUACACUGCCUUCUGCAGAAAUCCUUACGACACUCAGUGGUACUGUUUUGAUGACACUAGGGUCGAGGCUGUCAAUGACACUAAUUUAAUUACAAAUGCUGCCUACAUGCUGUUUUAUCAAAGAAGGAGCAGCAAUUCGGCUGGCAAUUCUUCUGCAGCUUCCACCAGUUCUACCGGGUCUGGCAUCGAUCACUGGGUAUCAAGGAUGCCACCAUUUUAUUUCAAUAAUAAAAAUAGUGGAGUUAUUACGAAUAAUAAGCAGAGCAAGUCGCAGGAGGUACUCUGCCAGGAGAAAAUUGUUGAGGAGAAAAAUCUUAAUAAUUUUAAUCGUGGAUGUCGUAAUUAUGCUACUCUACAGCCUAGUAAGAGGCACGUCGCUACGGAAAUUGGAGAUGAGACGGGGGAGAUUGAUCAUUAUUCUGAUGAUGAAGCACCGUCUAGGAGAGAAUGGGCCUCACCAAAACCAGUAAGAAAGACGUCCUCAAUAACACUGACACCAAACCAACCAGCAGCGAUAAUUCAGAAUGCCCACAGUGAUCCAGACACAGCUGUAAUUCACGAAUCAACAUUGUAACAUACAAUUUGAGCCAGAUAGCAAUCUGGCUGUGGGCUAGAGGGCCUGUACUGGUUUUACUCACCACAUACUGAAAUUAAUGCAGUAGUAUGUUAGCCAAGGCUCUUUGGAUAUUUAAAAUAAUUUCCAAUGAUAGGCAAAUUAAUUGCUCACACCUACGUGUAAUUGUCUUUUAAUACUGUCUUUUUUUUUCAUAAUUUUCGUGAGCAACGAGAGAUCUCAGAUGACUAUUUCGAAUUAACAAUCCUACACUGAUUUUUCUCAUGUAACUAAAGACUAUCUUCUGAAAGUGCGUAUCGUACAUUUUUUAGAUUCAUAUUAUCGAGAAGAAUGCGCAGAUUUUCGCGUCUAAAGUGGUGAUUUUUGCGAAUAAUUGAAUUGAAAUAGCAAAUUGUACAAAAAAAUCUUAUAGAAAAACUUUGUCAAUUCGCUAGAAAAUUCUGUUACAUGUCUGUUCAAGUUCGAUAGAAAAUCAGUUUUUGUGGUCAAUUAUAUUGAGAAAUUACCUUUACAACGUUUUUCAAACCAACAAUGUCUACUAGAAACUAGGUUACAGAAAAAAUCCCUACAGUUUAAUUUUUUCAUACAACUUUUUCUAUUGUGACAUUGUAUAGAAGUUUCUUGACAUGAAUUUUUCAAGUUUUUACUCUAUUUUUCAUCUCUUUUUAUAAACAAGAAAAAAGUCCAGAAAUUUAAGCCGCGGAUUAUUGGUAGAAAAUGUCUGGGUAGAAGAAGCGUAAUAAAAAAAUCCGUUACUUUUCGUUUUUUCAUACUAUAUUUUGCACUAUAGAAUUCAUACUCAAAAUAUCACGUAGAUAGGCCACAACAUUUUCCAAUAGUCUGCAAAAACUCUAUGGAAAAUUCCACAGAAUUUUCCAGUGAAUUCACAGGCUUCCUCUAUAAAUUGUUUUUGUCUGUAUGAGGAACACAAAUAGAACUUUCCUCGACGUUAAUAUUCUCGCAAUGAUAUUUGGCAGCACAAGCCUGUGACAAUAAAGCGAGUAAAUUCUCUCUCCGUUGCGAGAGACCAAGUGACAAAAAUUGAACGAGAGAGAGAGAGAGAAAACGAGAGUUGCAGAGAUGUGUUGCGUGAUUUUAUCUUCUUUUUACGAAGUAAAUAGUACUUUGUUUAUUUUCUCUUAAAGGGCAUAAUGUCAGUGAUUCAGAACUAUUUAUGAUUAUGACACUGUCCUCAUCCUAAUGUUUGUACUGUAUUCGUAUCAUCCACUAGUGGCCUUAUCUCGACACAAUUGAUACGCAAAAUUUUUUAAAGAAAUUUCCUCCAUUAGUCAAUUAUCAUUUAAUUUUUCUAAAACUUCGACAUCAAUGAACAAUUUUUUUUUUCGAUCGUAAAUAGUACACACAUACCUGUUGCGCCCUUCAGAAUUAUCAUUCCAGGUAGAGAAAAUGUUUUUUCAUAGUGAAAGUGAUAAAAGUUUUAUAUAACAUUGAAGGGAAAAGUAAUAUACAUAUGUAAAUAUGAAUAAUGAGUUGACAUACAUAUGUUAGUUUUUAUUUUGAAAAAAAAAAAAUAAAGUGAAAAAUGUAAAGUUUUUAAAAGAACUAGUCACAUGAAUUUAUGACAGAGGUAGAGAAAACGCACGCGUACACACAUCCUGAUAUCAGAUUAAAUGAAGUGCAGAGUGAAUGGUGAAAUGAAGAAUAGGUGUGUCAAUCUUGUUUAUUAUUUUUUUUUAACGAGAUACAAAUUUAUGACUUAUAAGUUCAAACGUGUUAGUGCAUUAUUCCCGUUCAAAUGACUGAGGGAUGACUAUUAUUAUUAUUAUAUUAUUGAAAGAAAUAUUAUCAAUCCAUAUUAUCGAAUAAUCACUUUAAUUUUUGUUGAAAAUACAUAGAGAAACUGGGAUAAA